AUGAUGUCCCUAUUUAUCUCUGUUCUAGUGCUCCUUUUUGGGGUUGCUUCAGGUCUGACAAGAGAAUAUUUAUUUUUUUCAGACACCAUGAGCUGGAACAAUGCUCAGCGGUACUGCCAACAAAACUACAGGGAUCUGGCUACAGUCACAAAUGCUGAGGAAAACACCAGGCUCUAUACAAGUGUGCAGAGCAAAGGUAAUACCUGGAUUGGAUUAUACAGUCGUAAUAACUACUGGUUUUGGUCUGAUCAAACACAAAGUGAUUACUUUCCAUGGGACAGCACACAGCCUCUCAAUUAUUUCCAGGGCUGUGCUGAGAUUGAGCAAAAUGGCUGGAAUGUUCAGUUCUGUGAUCAACCACAGCCUUUUGUUUGUUACAUGUUUUUAGUCUUGGUAAAUGAGAAAAUGACUUGGAAAGAAGCUCAUGAGUAUUGCAAGGUGAACUACACUGGCCUGGCCUCCCUGGCCUUCCAGUCACAGGUUCUGGCGGCUGAAGUGGAGAGCAAUCGAUCUCAAACAGACAAUGUGUGGACCGGCCUGCGCUUCCUGGACGGAAAAUGGUUCUGGUUGAGCCAGGGGGAAUUAUGGAACCUGAGAUUGCCUUCAUGUCCAGCUCCACCAUACCGCUGUGGUGCUCGUAACAUCAAAACACAUGUUUGGGAAAACAGAGACUGCAAUGAGAAGCUUAAUUUCCUCUGCUAUCACAGAUGACUUUCCAUUCCUUUCCAUGGGUCGGCUUCAACAGGAAUAUAAUAUUUCUAAUAUAAGGAAUAUGACAUUAUACAGCGAC